CAAACUUCGGGAGCAGCUGCUCAAGUACCAAAAUGAAUACACGGCAGCGCAAGAAAGGGAGUACAAUAUUCAGUACAGGCUGACUAGGAAAUAGAGAAGAAGACGAGGCUCCUGAAAGAAAGCACUGAGGAACUGCGCAAGGAGGUGAUUCAGAGGAGACUGGAGAUCAAAAACCUGCGGGAAGAUGUGGUGCUCAAGCAGAAGCAGCUAGUGAGGGAGCAGAAGGAGCUGGAGGAGCUGAUGGAGUAUCAGGUUGGCUUGAAGGAUGACGUGGUCCACCAUCAAAGUGUUCCUGUACAAAUUACAAAGGAGAUAGAAAAAAUGACACGCAAAAAAGUAGAAACAGAGAAGAAAAAUAUUGUCUUGGAAUCUGAGUUGAAAGAGCUAAGUGACUCUUUAAAGAAGCUUGAAAACAAAGUCAACACUCUUGCGGAAGAAAGGGAUGACAUAAUGAAGGAAGUUGAGGGCAAGCGAACCUUACUAGAAGUCAAAGAACGAGAGUAUGGCCAACUGCUUAAACUAUUGGAACUAACCAAAGAGAACGAAGCCUCCUCGCUAGCUGAAAGAGGGAUCUUGGAUAUCAAUCUACGGAACUGUCUCAUCGACAAGCAGAACUACCAUGAUGAACUUUCUCGUAAGCAAAGAGAGAAAGAACGAGAUUUUCGGAAUCUGAAGAAGACAGAGCUGCUCCUGAAAGUGUCUUUGGAUGCGCUCACUCAGGCACAAGCCAUGAAUCAAAGGCUUCUACUAGAGAUGGAAGCUAUCCCAAAAGAAUACCUUACAUUGCCUGAACGAAGGAAAGAGCUCCACAAAGAGGUUGAUCUAGCUAGGAGAAAUCUGGCUCAACAGAAAUCUCUGUCAGAAGCUGAGGCCAAGUUAGUGGAGCAGCAGAUUGCACAGGAGAACAAACUUCUAAAGGAGCAAGAAAGUUUGCGGGAGCUGGUGUUCAACCUCGGGCGAAUGACUCAGAUCAAAAUAGAUGAGAAAGAACAAAAGGCUAAGGAUUUCCUGAAAGCCCAGCGAAGAUAUAGUGAGAUUGUUAAGGAAAUCAAAUCAAAGGACCUUGAAAUCAGGCUAUACAAGAAGAGAAAGCAUGAAAUUCAUAGGAGACUCAGAGAAUUUGCCAGCUUGUAUGAUACAAUUAGAAAUGAAAGAAACAAAUUUGUAAACCUACUUCACAAAGCUCAUCAGAAAGUAAAUGAGAUAAAAGAAAGACUCAAAAUGUCAUUAAAUGAGCUGGAAAUCUUAAGGAACAGCGCUGUCUCUCAAGAACGAAAGCUACAAAACGCCAUGCUAAAGCAUUCCAACAAUGUGACCAUCAAGGAGAGCAUACAGAACGAUGUGUGCAAAAUCACUGCUAAACUCCAGGAAAUGAAGGAGAAGAAGGAGGCCCAGCUGACCAGCAUGGACAGGCUGGCCAGCAUGAUCACCGUGAUCGAAGAGGAGAUGGUGCAGCUGCGCAAGAAGUAUGAGAAGGCCGUACAGCGGCGGAAUGAAAGUGGUGUUCAGCUGAUCGAGCGGGAAGAAGAAGUGUGCAUUUUUUACGAAAAAGUGAAUGUCCAAGAGAAGAUAAAACUUCAUCAGGAUGUUGAAAUCCACAUUCUGGAAGAAAAAAUCCGAUUCCUAAAACUGAGGAUUGCCGAAAAGCAAAGGCAGAUUUCUGUGACACGGAAACUAGUGCCAAUCAAGAAGUCCCUGGAUGCCGACCUGGCUGUGAUCCAGAUUCAGUUUUCACAGUGCACAGACAGGAUAAAAGACCUGGAGAAACUCUUUGUGAACCCUGACAGCAAGGGCAGGGUCCGCUUCAUUAAAGGGAAAGAUCUGACUGAAGAAGAAAUGAUCAAGAAAUUAGAUAUGCUGGAACUUCAGAUAGCCAAGAAGGAGGAGAAGCUCCUGGAGAAGGAUUUCAUCUAUGAGCAGGUGUCCCAGCUCACAAACAGGCUCAAAGGCAAAACUCAGGCUUGCAAGAAGGACACACUGCUCUUAGCCAAGAAGAUGAAUAGCUACCAACAAAAGAUCAAAGUUGUUACCCAGGAAAUGAUGGCUCUUGUUGCUGAGCUGUCCAUGAAACAAGCCCUGACCAUUGAACUCCAAAAGGAGGUGAGAGAGAAAGAAGAAUUCAUCUUCUCCUGCAGUGCCAGGAUAGAAAAGGGCCUCCCGCUCAACAGAGAGAUUGAGAAGGACUGGCUGAAGGUGCUUCGAGAUGAAGAAAUGUAUGCCUUUGCGACUGCUGAGAUGUCUCGGGAGUACAUGGAAACGGAUUAUCGGCAGCUGCCCAAUGGUGUUUAUACAACUGCAGAGCAGCGUCCAAACGCCUACAUGCCUGAAGCAGAUACCGAGCUUCCUCUGCCCAAACCGUAUGGCGCGAUGGCUCCAUUUAAGCCCUCUGAACCCGGAGCCAACAGGAGGCACAUUAGGAAACCUGUUGUAAAGCCCAUUGAAAUCUAAACAUGUGAACCAACCCAGCAGUCCUCUCACAGAGAGGGCCUGAGCCAAGCCUCAGACCUUCUAUGGAGAAUGAGCACCAGGGUUCUAGGGCUGCUGAUGAGCCAGGCACGGUCAACAACAAUGGGUUGUUUCCAAAGCAGUGGCUUCCUUGUACAUUCACCAACUAUUACCUGGUAAGUGACACUGAAUGGGACAUAGACUACAGCUGUGUCAAAGGGCAUUUUGAUUGUUCAUGUGUUUCUUUUUCACUGCUUAUAGUUACUACACCUCAGGAAUGUACAGUAGACAAGAUGCUGUAAAAGUACAAAAUAAAUAACUUUUCAGUGAAGUACAGACAUUAGAGUGUUUUCUUUCUAUUAGAGGAAAAACAGGCACCCAUUUAUGUGUGCACAGUCUGACUACCUGAUUGAGGAAACUGCUAUGUGACAGAUGCAGCCCCUCUGCUGCAGCAGCAUGAAGGCUGUGUGAAGAGUGGUGGGGACACUUGUCACUCAAGCGAUGUUACUUCUGUGAGAACAAUUCUACUUAUCUGCUCAGAGAUUCAUUUCACCCAUAUGUUUUUCUGAUCCCAGUGUCUUUAUUAUUAGAUGGGAUGAUUUGCUCGUAUGUGUGAGGCCCAUCCUUUUACAUUUACAUGCUUAAGCUGUUUCUCCUGUGUUGGUGGUAGUUAUAAAUCCCAUGUCCAGCUCUGGCACACUGAGACAUACUAUACUUCCAUUUUGCUAAAUCCAACGUGAUGUUCCAAGCACCUGUUCUGACACAUUGGGUGGGGACUUAAGUUGACUCUCAUUUUCUGAGUCCUGAAUUUGACCUCUUUGCUUUGCACUACAUUCCAAAGCAAAGGACAUGUGAGACCCUUGAGUAAGUACCAGCCCUUUAGCUAAGAAAGGAGUCACUGCACACUGAAACAGUCCCUAUGGCACAGGAAUUAGGAACCUCUUUGGGCAUUAAAAACUAUAUGCAGAGAAAGUUUAAACACCAUAAGAAUGGUAAGAUUUUUUUUUUUUAAUCACAGAGAGACUCUUAAAUAUUGCAAUGCAUGCUGCUAGUUGAUAAAAGGCAGGUGCCACCAUGGACUGAAGUAUCUUAGAUUACAGUCCAUUGUGUGUGUGUGUGCGCGCGCGCGUGUGUGUGUGUGUGUGUGUGUGUGUGUGUGUGUGUGUGUGUGUUUGUCUAGCCCUAGAACAUGAAGAUUUGGGGGGUUUGAGGUAGAAAGGGACUCCAAGUGGAGGAAACAAACUGUUCCAACCUUUGAAAGAAGGAGGCCAAACUCAUGUCCCAAGGCCUAGUGAACCAGCUUGGCUGCAAGAGCGUUCAUAUUGUACAAGGUCAAAAUUUGAGAGUGAAGUGCCAAGGGAGUUACACGCUACUCUUCAGUAAACAGCAAGUUAGUGAAGAAUUAUGAGCUAGUGUCAAAGUCACACUAAAGAUUACUUCAUAUCUGUGUCCAAUAAACCCAGCUUUACGAAUUCACAGGAACAAUGCAGGCGUGAACAGAAACUACUCGAAGGAUGUAGGCAAGUGUACUGAAAACAGCAGAA